CAAGUUGACAACUAUAGAGUACCGUUUGCCGUUUAGAAUGGUAUAUUAUUAUUUAUUUGGGACGAAACGAAAGUGUCGAAAGUUCAAACAAGUUGCUUAGUCCCGUUAUAAAAUAGUGAAAUUACUGUUUCGUGAUUUAAAGACAUUCUCACAUUCUUCUUAUCCCGGAAACAUGCUGAACACGCUAGAUUUUAUUUUUCUAAACCUUGCCUUUAUGGUUACGUGUACGGGAUAUCUAAUAAAUAAUUACGAAACUUACGUGCCAGCAUUCGUAAUUCAAGGUUUUAAGUAUGGCAGUUUCGCGUAUCAAGGGAAUGGGGCCAUUUUCAUACAAGCAAUUGAAAUCCCGAAGUCGUACUACAGGCAUUUCUAUUCAUUUUCGUCGGUGCUCAGUGCAUUAACAUUAGUAUACAUGUAUAUGAUCUAUUUUCUGGAUUUUAGUGUGAAUAAGUAUGUUGUGAUAGUUUUGAACAAGAUUUUAGAACAAAAUGAACCAACAGUGUCAGCAACCGCAGCACUCAUUGCCAUGGCCCUGCUAACCGUUCAGUGUGCCCGGAGAUUCUAUGAGACCCACUACCUCCAGGUCUUCGCCAAAAACAGCAAGAUGAACCUGAGUCACUAUGUCGCCGGCAUUAUCCACUACUUUGCCUGCAUAAUAGCUGGUGUUGGUGAAGCACCCUUGUUUUGUGGAAGCCAAAACAGAGACACUGUGAUAUGGACCGACACUCGCACCAAGUACCUCUCCAUUCCCUGUGUCGUAGUCUUCCUGUGGGCGUGGUACGAACAGUACCAAAGCAAUGUCAUCUUUGCCAAUCUUCGCAAAGACAAAAAGUCGGGCCAAGUGGUAACAGAGGACCAUGGGAUACCGCACGGAAGGUGGUUCGAGCUGGUGUCGAGUCCUCACCGGAUGUGUGAGGUGAUCAUGUACACAGCGCUACUCCUUCUGGUGCCGACGAAAACGUACUUCUGUAUUUAUCUGUGGGUGCUUGGAAAUCAGAUCCAGACUGCGAUUCAAGCCAACGAGUGGUACAAGGCAACGUUUAAAACAUAUCCAAAGAAUAGGAAAGCCAUUUUUCCUUACAUAUUUUAAGACUGAAUUUUUAUUGAAUUUUAAAAAGGCUAAACUUACCGCCGUGUAGGGAAUAAGAAGAAACAUACUCGUAUAUGCAUAGGUAGUUUAAUAAUAUGUUACUAACUCAAAUAUUUAUUUAAAUUAAUAGGGACAUUCCAAUGCGUUUAUCAAAGAAUUGUAUUAAAUUAAUAAUUUUACAUGUUAUUCCGUCUUAGGAAGAGAAGCUACUUACAUAUUUUAUUAUUGUUAUAGGUUACGUAGUAAAAAUAUUAAUUGAUUGAUAAUUUAUUCAUAUUUAAAAUAAAUUUAUUAUUUUGGACUGUUGUUUAGA